AUGGACGAAAUGUUGCCGCCGCCGAUGACUCCGUCUACCGAACGGGCCCAUCGGCGGACAAACGGAGGCAACAAAGCCUUUCACAACUUUGCAAACGAUUACUCCCACAUAACAGAUCCCGCGUUAAGGAGACGAUUGGCCCUGAGCGAGAUUGACAAGGUUCCAUUUGGCUUGUACCAUGUAAGGGCUAUUUUGGUUGCCGGUGUUGGCUUCUUUCUUGACUCAUACGACAUCUUCGCUAUCAACCUCAUCACUACGCUUCUCGGCGUAGUAUUUUGGCAAGGGCCUCCUGAAUCGAGUGCGCAUGGCUAUGGCGGCAACAACGGCGAAUUACCAGACCAGGUCAACUCGGCUCUCAAGGCCUCCACCAGCGCUGGGAUUAUUGUUGGCCAGAUCGUGUUCGGCUGGUUGGCCGACGUCUUUGGCAGAAGAAGAAUGUAUGGCGUGGAACUUGGGAUUAUCAUUUUGGCGACGCUCAGCGCCGCCCUAGUGUCACCGAGUCAAUCGGUGAGCUUCACCGGACUGAUGAUAUUCUGGCGGGUCGUUAUGGGUGUUGGCAUCGGAGGCGAUUAUCCACUCAGUUCAGUCAUCACAUCAGAAUUUGCGCCAACGCGAUGGAGGGGAGCCAUGAUCGCAGCCGUGUUCUCGAUGCAGGGCAUGGGUCAAUUAGGCGCGGCUGUCGUGGCUUUAGUCACCGCUGAAGGCUUCAAGGACUCUUACCUCGAUGUCCACACUCUCGGCGACUGCCACGCAAGAUGCCAGCUUGCUGCUGACCGUUCAUGGCGCAUCAUUGUCGGCAUGGGUGCUGUGCCCGCCUGUAUAGCACUGUACUAUCGAAUCACAAUCCCAGAGACGCCUCGUUACACCUUCGACGUGGAACAAGACGUCGAAAAAGCCGAUGCCGAUAUCCGAGCUUACAUGGCGAGCAAGUCGAAGGGUGACUACGAUCCGGAUUUACAGUUCAAGAUGAAAAAGGAGACGGGUCCUGCUUACAACACUCCGGCGGCAUCCUGGUCUGAUGCCUGGGCAUACUUCACGCAAUGGAAGCACUUUAGAAUCCUCAUGGGGACCGCCCUAUCCUGGUUCUUUCUGGAUCUGGCAUUUUACGGUCUUGGACUUAACAGCACCGUGGUGCUGCAAACUAUUGGCUAUGCCGACGGGGCCAAUUUCUACAGAAGGCUACACAAUCAGGCCGUGGGUUUAAUCAUUCUGGCGUGCGCCGGUGCGAUCCCAGGCUACUGGGUUUCCGUCUUCACCAUCGACACCUUUGGGCGUAAGCCGAUUCAGAUCAUGGGCUUCUUCAUGCUCACUGUCAUUUUCUGCGUGCUCGGCUUUAUGCUCCACCAAUUAUCCGACGCCGUCUUUCUCGCUUUGUAUAUUACUGGCCAAUUCUUCUUCAACUUUGGCCCCAACACUACCACCUUCAUCGUUCCUGGCGAAUGCUUCCCGACCCGAUACCGCUCCACAGGGCACGGAAUAUCUGCAGCCAUGGGCAAGGUCGGUGCUAUCAUAGCGCAGGUUAUUAGCAUUCCCCUGCUCGCCAAAGACGUUCCCGGUGACUGCCACGGCGACCACUGUGCGCCUUGGCUCGACCGUCUUCUGGAAUUAUUCGCACUUUUCAUGUUUCUCGGCAUGCUCUCGUCCUUUCUCAUUCCGGAGACUAAAGGCAUGACCCUCGAAGAACUUGCAGGCGAGACACCGACAUCCUACAAUCGCGGCCGCAACGGCAGCAUAUCGCACUCCCCGCGCCCGCAAUCAAAGUGGAACCCCUUCACCGGCGGUCACCCCGCAGGAUUCCACUACCCCAGGACGAGCACCGUCAAAGCCGCAAGGGUCGGGAUCAUGACGUCGCCCUACCUCCUAGCAGAGGAAGAGCGCAGUAGAAGAAGUCAAUCCCGGUUUUGGCGCAAGAGGCGGAAGGAGCGGGGCGGCGGGAAUAGCAUAGGUGGAACCGACGAAUACGCUAUGAGCAUACGUAACAGUGGCGUCUCCUCGGCGUACACUGGAAGGAACAUGGGCGCCGUCGAUGAGCAGAUGCCUCCUGAUCCCGUGACUCCCGGUGUCUUUCCGACAUGGGGGGCCGGGUGGGGCCGGGUGGAUCGUGGGGCGCAGCCGAUGGAGAACGUCAAGUUACACGACGUGGGAAGCCUUCUGAGGGGGGAUUCCCGAGCGUGA